AUGGACAUUGAUGACGAUAGAAAGCGUAAAUUUUGGAUUGCAAUAGCAUAUGCUAUAUCUUUAAUAUAUACUUAUUAUUGCAAGUAUAUCUAUAAGGAACCGUGUAUGACUUUAAAUUUUACGGGAGAAAAGUGGAUAAGGGAAGUGCUAAAUGGUCAUCCUAUUCGAUGUGUCAAUGCAUUUAGAAUGGAGCCAAGAUUAUUAUUGAGACUAUGUAACGACUUAUCUUCAAAAUAUGGAUUGAAAGCUAGUGGUAACAUGUCUAUAGUAGAGAAAGUUUGCAUUUUAUUAUAUGCACUGGCUCAAGGGGUAUCAAAUAGAGUUUUGUGUGAGCGUUUUCAACGAUCCGGCGAUACAAUAAGUAGAGUUAUUCAUGAAGUUCUCUACUCAAUCUCUAGUAGAAAGGAUGCUAUUGGAUGUAUUGAUGGCACACAUAUAGAGGCAUGUAUACCUGAGGCCCAACAAAUGCCUUAUAGAGGGCGAAAAGGAAUUCCUACAUUUAAUGUUUUGGCUGCAUGUGAUUUUGAUAUGUGUUUUACAUUUGUAUCGGCGGGGUGGGAAGGUUCGGCACAUGAUACUCGUGUUUUUCUUCAUGCAAUUGAAAACCCAGAGAUGAAAUUUCCUACUCCUUCUCAAGGUAAGUAUUACUUGGCUGAUAAAGGAUAUCCAGAUCGUAGAGGAUAUUUAGUACCGUAUCCUAAGUUGAGUGUUGAGACACAAAUACAAAUGGUGGUUGCUACAUUUGCCCUACACAACUAUAUUAGAAUUAAUUCACCAACUGAUCCCCUUUUUAGAGUGUUAGAGGAUUACCCAGAUUUUAUUCCAUCAUUCGAGCUGCCGGAUAUUAAUCAUGCUGGAUCAAAUUGUGACAAUAGAGAAGGUGAUGGUACUGAAAUGAAGGCUAUUCGUGACCAUAUAGCUGGUAGUUUAUGGAAAGCUAGACGCCGUAAUUAUUUAUUGUAA